CGUCGGCCACAGUUCGUCUUCUGCCCAUCCACCGCAUUCUUUCGAGAGAAGUAUACCUUCUGCAACGUCAGUCGAACAUCGUAGUUACACGAGAGAUCGCAAGGCUUAGCUAAUCGAAGGAAUGAACAUUUUCGAAAAAGAGUUUGCGCAUCAUCCCAGAAGAGAAGUUUACUCGAGGAGCAUCAUCCGCGUGAAACCGUUCGACGCGGAAAGCACGUCCGCGAAAGUAACCGACGAGAAAAAGAACGCUAAGAAAAAGUAUCAUGGGCCAGAGUCGCCAUUGUACACGGCGAUUUACCCUUCAGUUUGCAUAACGAAAGUAUUUGGCUUGGCACCGUACGAUUUCACGGACGACCAAAUGGUACCCUCCAACAUCUGUCUCAUAUUUUCAUUCACAUUCAUGACCAUCUACUGUUACAUCAUCUACGUCGUGUACUUAAGAUUUACUACUCUUAAACGAGAGAAACUAGUUUUCGGUGUCGUGGAAACUACAAAGGUGAUCGUGAAUUAUUUGGUGGCCAUGUACGAACUCGUAGCAACGAUAGUAACCAGGAAAUCGUUCAUCCGAAUUUGGAACGAUCUUCAAAAUUUCGACGAAAAGCUCAAUCAACUGGGCUACCCGCGUAACGAAACAAAAACCGAGAUCGUAUGUUGGGUUCUGUUGAUCAGUCAGACUAUUGUUUGGAUCGUCGUCAAUCAGAGCGGUAUGUACGCGUUCGACGAGACCUGGUCGUUCAACAUCAGCUACAUGACAAUUUAUAUCGGCACCGCGGUAUCCGUCUACAAAUUCUUCGCGAUGGUGACUUUUCUUGGGCAACGAUUUCAUCAGUUGAACGAGAUAGCCAGAGAGAAUUUACCGCCUCAAGUCGGAUAUCACAGCAGCAUCGUCAGUAGAAAGACUAUCCAAGAUCUUCACGGUGAACUGAUGUUAUACGGCGAGGCACUGGAUUCUCUUUACACCUGGCCACUGUUGUUCUGGCUUAUAAACUUGAGCGUGCACAGCGUCAGUAGCCUGUAUUUUUUCAUCGAUUGGAUGAUUCUGUCUCCUUGGACCAAUUCGACUUGGCUUCUAUUAUUCAACGUGUGGUCUUGGUUGCUCGUAUUUAUGAUACAACUUUUGGUUUUGCACAUCGGUUGCGAUUACACUACAACACAGGCUAACAGUAUGGCUGCGAUUCUAGUCGAAUGGGACGCCAGAGUAAUUAAAAGAUUUCCAUACGACGACACGAUUCGUACCUCGUUACACUUUCUGAACAGACGUCUUCGUUUCUCUGCAGGUGGUCUUUUCGACGUGAAAUUGUCGCUUCUGAGUUCGAUCGUUGGGAUGCUGUCGACGUAUCUGAUAAUCCUCCUGCAAUUCCCGGCUUAAGCGUCGACGAAUCAAAGGAAAGCAAGGAUUAGCUCAAGAGAUUCGGUAAAAUCGAUACGUUCUUCCAUUAUUUAUCGACAACCGUUGUAGGGCAACAGUGAUCGAUUACAAGAGCAAUGAACUCGAAGACUAAGGUAAAGAUGCUCCAGUAAGUGGUAAAAUUAGUACACUACAUAUAAUACUAGGUAGAACAUGAAUUGAAAUGUCGAACUUUCUACGUUAUAUUUGAACCUAUUAUUAGCAAUAAAUUUAAAGAUAUAAACCGUAUAAUGUAUUAUGGAUACGUUUUUCACCGAACAGUAAUGUAUACCGUCGUCUGACCAUGUCUCCUCGAAACUACUUUCUUAUCGAUAAGUAGUACGGCCAGACUUUCUACGUACCAGUGAUUCGUUACCCGCCUUCUCUGUCGUAUUCUAAGCUUACGGGACGAUGCGAUAUAUUUCCGAAAUGUGAAAAAUUAUAAUUGAAAGACAUACUGGAGGGGCUAGAAGCAAAAUAGAAACAUAAUUACGGCGCAAAGGGUUGAAUAACAUUUUUGCUUAAGGAGCAAGGCGCAAUGUACAAGGAAGACAUAAAAAAAAUCAUUGACACUGGACACGAUCACCGAAGGCGCGUUGCAGCAAUUUUCUAGGUCAUCAGUCUGGAAAAUUGCUUUCCUUCCAUCGUCCUGACUCUUUCUUUUCUUCUCUGUUACGCAGCCACCAAACGGUGUAUACCAAAUUCUUUCUCGUACGCGAGCAACUUUAUUGGCCCGUUAAAGUCACCGCACCAUCCACACCUGGUUGUAUUAAAGACUUUUCUCCGCGUUAAGUGCAGUUAUUCGAGUCGUACAUCAGAAUUCGUCGCGUUACGUAAAAUUUAAGGAAUCCUAUUUUAUCAGAAUUCGAAAAUUUCUCGCUACAUUAUGGCCGAUUGAAAUCGCGUUAAAUUCAUCGAGCGAAUAUUCUUGGCCUU